AUGUUAGCCCAACAUGAUUUCGCCUUUCAGCUGAAGGUGUUUGUAACAAUAGUGAGAGAUUUAGAAUAUGGACAAGAACCAGAUAUACCUGUGAAAUUAUGCCAGUCAAAGGCCAAUGUGUUCGCCUUCAAAAGAAACUGUAGUAGGUUAGCCUACACCAAAAAUACGUCUGGAAUAGAUGCAACCAAAUUGAAAGUUGCUGAAGGUUCACCUUCUGAUAAAGCUGUAAUAACAGCUAAAGUUGCUGAAGGUUCGCCUUCUGAUGAAGCUGCAAUAACAGCUAAAGUUGCUGAAGGUUCGCCUUCUGAUGAAGCUGUAAUAACAGCUAAAGUUGCUGAAGGUUCGCCUUCUGAUGAAGCUGUAAUAACAGCUAAAGUUGCUGAAGGUUCGCCUUCUGAUGAAGCUGUAAUAACAGCUAAAGUUGCUGAAGGUUCGCCUUCUGAUGAAGCUGUAAUAACAGCUGAAGUUGCUGAAGGUUCGCCUUCUGAUGAAGCCGUAAUAACAGCUAAAGUUGCUGAAGGUUCGCCUUCUGAUGAAGCUGUCAUAACAGCUAAAGUUGCUGAAGGUUCGCCUUCUGAUGAAGCUGUAAUAACAGCUAAAGUUGCUGAAGGUUCGCCUUCUGAUAAAGCUGUCAUAACAGCUAAAGUUGCUGAAGGUUCGCCUUCUGAUGAAGCUGUAAUAACAGCUAAAGUUGCUGAAGGUUCGCCUUCUGAUGAAGCUGUAAUAACAGCUAAAGUUGCUGAAGGUUCGCCUUCUGAUGAAGCUGUAAUAACAGCUAAAGUUGCUGAAGGUUCGCCUUCUGAUGAAGCUGUAAUAACAGCUAAAGUUGCUGAAGGUUCGCCUUCUGAUGAAGCUGUAAUAACAGCUAAAGUUGCUGAAGGUUCGCCUUCUGAUGAAGCUGUAAUAACAGCUAAAGUUGCUGAAGGUUCGCCUUCUGAUGAAGCUGUGAAAGCAGCCAAAGUGAUUGAAGGUUCGCCUUCCAAAGGAAAAAAAAAAGUGAUGAGACUAUAA